AACGUCAUUUUCCCCAGCGGCACGCUCGACCCGUGGUCGGCCCUCGCCCCCGACAACUCGACGCACCUCGCCAACCCCAAGUCCAAGGUCGUCUACAUUGAAGGCACGUCGCACUGCGCCGACAUGAGCGCGCCACGCCCGACGGACUCGGGCCACAUCGUCUGGGCCCACCAGCAAAUCGAAGCCGCCGUCGCCAGCUAUGUUGGCAAGUAA